UGUAAAGCCUAUAAUGGCCUGAUACUCCAAAAUCCAAAGAAACCAACUCAUUAAAUACUAUUAAGAGGUGUGUUCUUAGAAGAAAAAAAAAGGGUCUUUUAAACUUUGUAGAAGUUAGUUAGUACUAGUUGUGGUUGUGAUUAUACUUGACUUGAACCCUGAACCCACCACCACCCCACUUGUUUCAAUGAUUUCAUCAUCACUUUCAGAGAAGCCAUAACUCAAAACAAAAAACACACAGGAGGUUGGGCAUUUAAAUGGUAGUACAAUUCAACUCUUCAUCUUUGGUCAUCAUCUUGUUGAGUUUUGUAUCUUCACGGAGGUGGUGACGGUGGUGGCGGUGGCAGUUUAUGGGUAUGCAGAUUUUCUUUUGGCACUUCUUGGGUUUGUUUGCUUCUAUGUGGUUUACCUUCUCUCAGGUCUGACACUUCUGUGCACCCACUCUUAUUGCAUCCCCAAAAAUUGAAAAGAAAUUGAUUGAUACUUGGACCCUUUUGUGUAUAAAAUAAUUCCAAUCUACCAAUUAACCAGUAGGUAUUGAUUUCAUAUCACAGAAAAUAAUUGAGAUCCAAUUUCCAAGAGCUCUUCUAGAAAAAUAUCUGUUUUUAUGUCUGAUGCCAUCUAUCUAGGAGGUAGAAAAGGGAGAAAAUUUUGAUUAAUUUCCUUUUGAAUGUAAUUCAUUCAUGGUUUCAAAUAUCAGGGCUGCUGUUGCGUUGAGGUAGAAUAGGGUAGAUCUGGAAGCUGUUAUUUCUCUUGUUGAUGAAACUUUUUGAAGCCAAUAUAAACGGAGUCUAGAUAUGACUGCAGAUGAGAACAUGAAUAGUUGCUCUGAAUGGACUAGAGAGGAGGAUAAGGCAUUUGAGAAAGCUAUAAUUUCAAAUCCUGAGGAUUCAAUCGAUCGCUGGGAAAAAAUUGCUGAAGCGUUACCUGGAAGAACCGCAGAAGAGAUUAAGAAUCAUUAUGAACUCUUAGUCGAAGAUGUUAACAAUAUUGAGGCUGGACUUGUCACUUUGCCCAACUAUAUUUCAGCUUCAGAGGGUUCAACUGAACAUGCAAGUGAAGGUGGGACAAGUAAAAAAGGUGGAAUUCAUCUUGCGCAUUUUCAGAGUGAGUCAAACCAUGGAAGCAAGUCAUCAAGAGCUGAUCAAGAACGCCGUAAGGGAAUUGCAUGGACAGAGGAUGAACACAGGUUAUUUCUUCUUGGAUUGGACAAAUACGGGAAAGGCGAUUGGCGAAGUAUAUCCAGAAACUUUGUUGUGUCAAGAACGCCUACACAAGUGGCUAGCCAUGCACAGAAAUAUUUUAUUCGCUUGAACUCUAUGAACAAGGAUAGAAGAAGAUCUAGCAUCCAUGACAUCACCAGCGUGGGAAGCGGAGAUGUAUCAUCACCCCAAGGACCAAUCACAGGCCAAACAAAUGGGGCCACACCUGGAGGUGGAUCUUCCAGCAAAUCUACCAAACCACAAGCUCAGCCUUCGUCUGGUGCUCCUGCAGUCGGGGUCUACGGUGCUCCUACCAUAGGCCAGCCAGUUGGAGGACCUCUGAUUCCAGCAGUUGGUACUCCAGUUAAUCUUUCUGCACCACCACACAUGGCAUAUGGGAUUCGAGCACCAGUUCCAAGCAUGCCGCCAAUGACAUAUCCGAUGCCUCACAGGUAGAUUUGUGUCUUUCGACACUGCAAUAGAAUGUACAGAGAAAGUAUGAAGAGAGUAGAUUUUCUCAUGUUGGGUAUCCUUUUUACUAGUUUAAUCGAAAUAACAUUAGGCAAUGAGGUGGAAAGUUCUGGUAAAUCUUAUUAAAUGCCCACUCUUGAGAAUUUCAGUAGUAUCUGAGCAUCGAGUUAUGUUAUGAUCAAAUAUUAAGUCAUAGGAGAAAGAAUUAGAAGAUUUGUGUAUAGUGGAAAAGGUAAACACUGUGAAUCAGAAAGUUUCAGUGUCGGAGUUAAAUUGGUGUUAGGGAAGGACUUAAUAGUAGAUUCCUUUUCAUAUGUUCAUCCUCCAUGACUAGGCAGGGUUUUAGCUUUUAGGUGGAAUGGAAAACAGGAUAUUUGAGAACGUAUAGAUGUAAAGAAGAAAAUCCAGGUAGCAUUUUGGGGCGCAUAUUGUGCUGAACAUUUUUUGCAGACGCUUUAGUUUCUUUCUCGGUUAAUUUGAAGAACAAUGGAUGUCAUGAGUAAUGGUUACAUUAUAUAUUUGAUUCUCGAAA